UUUUCUUUUUUUUUUCACUCUUUCUCGUUCGACUAUCUGUGAUAAAUAAAAGUGUUGGUCUCCUCGCGUCGCGGCCUGGUUUAGGAGUGGCCACUUCCGCCUCAAAAAAAAAAGAAUAAGAUAAGCCUCUCUCUCUCUCUACACAUGCUUUGUUGAAGGGAGCCGGCGAUGAACAGGCAUCAGGCCUAUGUGAACGGCUACUCUGCCUACCCUCGCGGGCAGAGCGGCGCCUUUUCCAUUUCCCCCCACCGCUUCCAACCACGUUCACAGCCUGCUCUGCGGCGGCGAAGACAGUUAAUACAGCGGUUGUGUCUUGUCGGCGGUGUUUCCUUCCUCCUCGUCUUCCUGAUCUUCCCGUCAUGGCGCGCUGCCAUCCUCCCCGCCCUGUCGCUAGGCCUCCUCUCCUCUACCGAAGAUAUACAACUCGAGACCGUCCGGUAUUAUGACCUGUCAACUGUCCAGGGGACGUCGCAAGGGUGGGAGCGCGACGAGCGCGUGUUGAUGUGCACGCCGCUGCGGGAUGCGACGCCGCAUCUGCCCAUGUUCUUUUCCCACCUCCGGAACCUCACCUAUCCGCACCGAUUAAUAGAUCUGGCGUUCUUGGUGUCCGACUCCAAGGACGACACGCUGGGCAUGCUUUCGACGAUGCUGCACGAGCUCCAGGAUGACCCGGACCCGCAGAUGCCGUUUGGCGAGAUCUCGGUCAUCGAGAAGGAUUUCGGGCAGAAGGUCCAGCAGGACGUCGAGAGUCGGCAUGGUUUCGCUGCUCAGGCGGGGCGCCGCAAGCUGAUGGCCCAGGCUCGGAACUGGUUGCUGAGCGCCACCCUUCGUCCCACGCACAGCUGGGUCUAUUGGCGGGAUGCCGAUGUUGAAACCGCUCCGUUCACAAUCAUUGAGGAUCUGAUGAGGCACGACAAGGACGUCAUUGUACCAAAUGUUUGGCGACCGCUCCCGGACUGGUUGGGCGGAGAACAGCCGUACGAUCUCAAUUCCUGGCAGGAGUCGGAUACUGCCCUCGCCCUGGCCGAUACAUUGGAUGAGGAUGCAGUUAUUGUGGAGGGGUACGCCGAAUAUGCUACCUGGCGGCCACAUCUCGCCUAUCUCCGGGAUCCAUACGGCGACCCAGAUAUGGAAAUGGAAUUGGACGGAGUUGGCGGUGUUAGCAUUCUAGCCAAGGCCAAGGUUUUCCGGUCGGGCGUCCAUUUCCCGGCCUUCAGCUUUGAGAAACAUGCCGAGACGGAGGCGUUUGGAAAGAUGGCUCGACGGAUGGGUUACUCUGUCAUUGGUUUGCCUCACUACACGAUCUGGCAUCUUUACGAACCCAGCGUCGAUGAUCUCCGGCACAUGGAAGAGAUGGACCAAGAACGAAAGGCCCGCGAGAAAGCGGAGAAGGAACAGGCCGAGAAAAAAGCGCGAGAAGAACAAGGCCUGUUUAAAGAUCCGAGCGCGGAAUGGGAGAAGGAUCAUGCUGCUGUCCAAAAACUUUUGCAAGAAGCACAGGCUCUGGAAGAAGAUUCUGUUGCCCAGCCUUUAGAGGGGGCCUCGAUUCCUGCCCCUGCCCCUGCCCCUGCCGUACAGCCAAAAUCAUGACACUGGCCUAUUCACCUAUCAUCAGCAGGUUUCCAAGCGUGCAAACCUCUUUUCUAUACUAUUUUCCAGCUGGCUGGAUGACACCGAUUUUAGCCAUACACUACCAGUCUAUCAGUGUGUCCCACUCGACAUUCUUGGUGACUCUCGCCUCGUCUUGACUCAUGACUGUAUGGCAUCCGGCUUGUCAGAAGAUUCUUUUCCUGUCCACUGCUGUUUUAUGGCCUUUUUUUGGUUGAUCUAGAUGUCUUUUCUUCUUUUUCUUCUUUUUCUUCUUCUUCUUCUUCUUCUUCUCUUCUUUAUACAAUGUAUUAGCACAAAUGGGCAAUAACGAACAGCCAAGGUGCCUCAUAUAUCUUGCUGAGAAAGAUGCUCUUAACUUAUGGCGUUUUGGGCUUGAUGAACGAGCUUUCUUCCAGG